AUGUUCGACCAAAAACCAUUGGACCCUGCUAUGGGCAACUUUGGCAAGUUUCCACCAGAGAUUAUCUUCAAGAUCCUAGACAAGCUCUUAGGGGGCUCUCCUAGAUUGACACACGAGAACUUUCAUUCCAUUAACCAGCUGAUGAAAACCAACAAGACAGUAGAAGAAUACAUCAAACUCGGAUGGAUGGAUAGCAAUACCCCGAACAGUCUCAAGCAGCGCGUGAAUGCCGUCGUGUGGUACCCAAACAUCGAUGUUGCGAAAACAGCUUUGAUCCUCCAGGGCGUAGAACCCGACACCUUCCCCAUAUUAGAUCCCCACGCUCUAGGCCCCGAUCUCAUCACCGGUAUCCUGCAUGAUGACUGCGAUCAGUGCUUCGAGUGGUUCGCCGAGAUGGUGCCUGGUACUCAUAUGGGAUGUUGCAACGAGUGCGGUAGGACGUUCAGGUCUCUAUCAAUCGACGCUAAACUUGAAAAGUUUGGACAACAAGCACUACCGACAGACAUGUACGACUACAACAACAUUUCUUUUGACCUCUAA